AUGUCCGCCUCGACCCCGACGCCAUCGUCCCUGCUGGGUGCGAAUAAGGUAGCUGAACCCAGUCGCUACAUUCACAUCAGCGGAGUCCCCACGCCGCGCCCGCUCAACGAACUGCGACACUGGUUCACGCGCGGGCAUUACAUCUACGACGAGCUCCGCAAGCCGGUCGUACCCGCUGCGGUCGCGGGCGCCGGGCCGGACCGUUUGGCGACAGCGACGUCGGAGUGCCAUCCGCGGUGGGAGGACACACUUCCUUCAGGCUCCUCUGCUUCUGCCGAAUCUCAUUUCGAUGGCGGAGCCAUGGCGGCACAGAACAAGAAGCUGCUGGUGAGCGACGACAACGACGAGACCUGGCUAGAGGCGCAGUUCAAGGAGAUCGCGGCUCUGGAGGCGGCGCUUGAGCUGGAGAAGGGCGAGCGCGAGGCCGCCGCUGCCGAAGAGGAGCGCAAGAGGGAAGAAGACAGGAGGAAAGCCGAGAUCAAGAAGAAGACGUGGUCUGGCAGCCGAGGAAAGUACGGCAAUGCUAGGCCACACGGCUUUCAUGGCAAAGCUGUUAGUGGUACUAGGGGCCUUGAUUCCCGUGACGCUGUUCAGCGUCAGCCCCAGCAUCAGUACCAGCCCCAGCAUCAGUACCAGUACCAGCUCCAACAUCCGCACCAGCAAGGCACCUCGCUUGCGCACCUUGGUGGCUACGGCGUGGAGAUGUAUGCUGAAGCUGAACGUCAUCCCGGAUACCCCUCGGCGAAUUUUCAGCCGCUCCCGACCCCGACCCUGACUACGACAUAUGCACAGAAUAUGGGAACGAUUACGCACGACGGUAUGGAGCCUUGGGCGUGGAGGGAUAGUGUCCCCGACACUGUCCCAGGUGAGGGUCCAGUUAUGAGGCAGACGUCUGGCGAGCUGUUUGUCCCGGCUGGAUUGAUUUCUCCGCAAGCACACCACAGCUUCGAUGUUGCCAUGGGCAUCAUUGAUGCUCAUCCUCCUCCUCAAGCGGUGGGCAUGCAGCACGCCCAGCAGAGCAACGGCCACGCGAGGAAAAUAUCGAUGCUCAACCCUGCGGCUGGCGAGUUCUGUCCGCGUACAACGCCGUUUUAG